GCUUAGCUUUGAGAUAUUUUGCUUUCUGAUCCGCAUCUAUAUUGCACAUGUAAGAUUAGAGAAGAACCAAUGAGCUUGGACGGUGUUAUUGUGAGAGAGAGAGUGUGUGUGUGUGUUUGGGAGAAAGAAAAUUAGGAAAACGAUACUCUCCGAUUACCUCCUGUCUAAUAAUUUUUUAUUUGGCCAAUAGGCUGAGCCGCUGAGUGGGAAAAAAAAAAAAAGGUUCGACGCUUUAAAAUCAUGCGAUAUGGAAUCACAUAACCUGUUCAUCUCGCCAAAGGAUUUUAGGAUUUUUGUAACCUAUCUCAGCAGCAAUUCGCCGUGUACGAAGUCUAUCCACCCAUCCGAAGCGGACGGUGCCGCCGAAGAGAUGGCUCUCCUCCUUUACUCAGCCGUCCCCUUAACGUGGGAGAAGAGGUUUUCCUCUCCGUUCCUCGUUAUCUCGCCUUCCAAUUAUAAGCCCAACAAUAAGAGAGAAACAGGCACGCGUCUCGGAGUACAAGCUUUCUUUAACCCCUUUGAAGACCAACCCAUCAUCAAAGAUGCUCUCAAGGAGCCGGUGGCCUUCAUGGGUGGGAUGUUUGCUGGUCUCUUGAGGCUUGAUUUGAAUGAAGAUCCUCUUAAGGAAUGGAUCACGAGGACUGUAGAAGCCUCUGGAAUUGCCGCCGAUGGGGAGAUCGUUGCAGAGGAACUGAAGCUGGAAGCUGAAGAAGAUGCGCCUCAGCAGAUUGAAAUCGAAUGAGGUCCCCUUGUUCUUUUUACCAUGCCAGUCUAUAUACUGUAAUAUAUCUCCUUUGCAUAAGAAUCUACUUGAGAUUCUUCUUUGGAUAACAUGGGGCUUCGUUGUGGAAUUUCUUCGAUAAUGCUUAGCUAUCAUGUUUGUUUUUUUGGCUGUAUCCAUCUUGUAACAAAUCUGGCUUUUAUUUGCAAUCACAGUGGCUGGCUGAUUUUAGUCAA